UGAAGAAGUAACAAUAUAAAGUAGUAGCUCCUUUUAAACCACCAUCUGCGAAACCAACUGGAUUUUGUCAGCAAACUUCCCUCCCUGCCAUUAUAUAAUUUCACACACGCUCAACGCUGAACUCAAAAAGCUCCAGUCUAUUGAGACUUCUUCCUUCCUUUCUUCCUUCCUUCCUUGCUUGCAUGCUUCCUUCCUUCCCAGUUGAUUACAAAGUUAAUCAAUGAAUCAUCCGCCUAAUUACGGUCCCAGCAACUCCAAAUGCAGUUACGCAGAGAUUGAGGGUGUUGAUUUCGAUGACCCCGUCUUCUCAAAUCCCGACCUUUUGUCUCUCAGCUACUCUCACCGCCCCGCCACCGCCGCCAUUGGCUUUUCCCCGCCACGCCCAGCAGCCGUGGCCACCCCCGGAGACGAUUGCCCACAACCGCAACUGCACGUGCCUCUGCCUCCGCGGGUGCAGCAAAAACUGAACAGUAUAUGCGGGGAGAAACAGCAGCCGCAGCCGGACGCCGAGUUGAAAAGGAAGCUGGGCUUGCUGGGGGAGGAGAAGGCACUCGAACUCCUUGAUGACAUUUACAACAUCAGCACCCUCAGUGGAUGCAUUUGGUUCUUGCUCCACCAUGAAAAGUACCAGUGUACCCCUCAUUCUCCUUCUCCUUCCCCUUCCCCUUCCAAGUCUGGCCCUGCUGCUUCUCCGCUUCUUCACAGCCCGUCUCCUGCUUCUCAAAUCACUCCUGGUCGUCAAGGGAGUACUCGUGGCGGACAGAUGCAAUUGCAUUCCUAUUUCUUUCCAUCUCCUUCAAAAUCUGUACGCGCAUCUCUUUUUCAAGGCCCAUCAUCUGCUCCUAUCACUCCUGUUCGUCAAGAGCAACCUGCAGACCGUGAGGGAAGAGUGAGGCCAUUCAAUUCCUCCUAUCCCUCGGAUUCUCCUUCGAAAGCUGCCCGUACUUCUCUCUUUCAAGGCCCGUCUUCUGCUUCUCCUCCUGCUUCUAAGUCUUCUCUCACUCCGGUUCGACUUUUUCAAGACCAACCAAGACACGAUGGGCAGGCACAAUUAGAAGCUCUAGGCGAACUUGAAUUCAGGAGACAGUUUCUGAUAUUAAAUUACGCCGGAGGAACGAAGUUAGAAGAUGUCCUUGCACCAGAGACUAUUAGAAGUUGGAAAGAUAUGCCAAUGCAGCGGUUUGAGAACACAGUUUGGGAAACUUUGGGUAGGAAAUAUGCUCGCAAGGAAAACCGACAAUGGACUUUGGAUUUGGAGUCUGGAAAAGCAUACGGCUACCAUUGUGAAGUCGCUGUGGAUGGGAGCUACAAUUUUAAGGGCCCCUAUCCACACAACGCAAAAAGAACUCUCCUACAGAAAGUUUUAGGAGACGACAGCGUUUUAAUGGUGAAAUUUGCCGAUGCGAAAGAUCCCUGGAAGCAGAGGGACCUUUAUGCUGACUAUAGCAAGGUCGCUAGAGAAGGGAUUCUUGUUGGUUUGCGCCGAUAUCGUUUCUUUGUGUUCAAAGAUGGUGGCAAUAAAGAAAAGACAAAAAGCUCGACUUCAUCACCUGUGAAGUGUUACUUUAUCCGUGUGGACUCUAGUGCCGCGAUUGACAGGGGAGAAGAUUACAAAAUAUCUAAUAAAACGAUUCAUGAAGCAAGAUGCAUUUUCAUGCAUCCACAUACUGUGUCCACUGUGAGCAACUACAUGAUUAGGUUUUCACUUAUUUUGUCUAAGACAGAGAGCUUAGAAGUAAAAGAUUGGUCUCUUGUGAGGGUUGACGACAUUGAUGAUGAGUAUUGUCUGGAUGCAUACGGUAAUCAUAUCUAUACAGACGGCAAGCCUCUUAUACAUUCAGAUGGAACUGGAUUCAUAUCAGAGGAUUUGGCGUCACUUUGUCCGAAAGAAUUACUGAAAAAAGAGUUCAGCAAUGAAUACUUUGAGCCUUUGCUCAUGCAGGUCCGACUUUUCUACAAGGGCCGUGCUGUGAAGGGAACCUUUCUGGUCAAUAAAAAGCUACCACAAAAAACGAUCCAGAUUCGACCAUCAAUGAUUAAAGUUGAGACAGAUCGACGGAUGCUGGAUGGUCAAACAGUGAAUUCGUUGGAGAUAGUUGGAGUAAGUACAAAGCCUAGGAAUACAAAAUUUUCGAGGAGUUUAAUUUCCCUUCUAUGCCAUGGAGGAGUGCCGAAAGAUUAUUUCAUGGAGUUACUGAUGAAAGAUCUGGAAAAUACUCAUGGUGUUUUCUGCAAUAGGCGUGCAGCAGCCAAAGUUGCCUUGAGCUACGGCGGGAUGGAUUAUGACUACAACACAUUUAAGAUGAUCUCUUCUGAUAUUCCUCUAGAAGAAUCAUAUUUGCAACAUCGUUUGUCAUUCCUGAUGAAAGAGGAAAAUACCAGUCUUAAAAAAGGGAAAAUUUCUAGUCCUCAGAGUUACAUGUUGAUGGGGACUACUGAUCCAACAGGGAUUCUGGAAAAGGAUCAAGUUUGCGUUCUUCUUGACAGCGGGCCAAUUCAAGGAGAGGUCCUGGUGUACCGGCAUCCAGGUUUACAUUUUGGUGAUGUUCAUGUUUUGAAGGCCACCUACGUGGAGGAGUUGAAAGAAUUUGUCGGAAAUAGUGGCUUUGCUAUAUUCUUCUCUCGCAAAGGUUCGCGUUCAGUAGCUGAUGAAAUGGGUGGUGGAGAUUUUGAUGGCGAUCUAUAUUGGGUCUCAAGAAACCCACGGCUUUUAGAAUGUUUCAAACAAAGUGAACCUUGGAUCGAUACUUCAUCAACGUCCAAAGCUGCCACCACCUUACCUCCAAGUGCGCUUUUGCCCGAUCAUAUAGAGGAUGUGCUCUUUAAACAAUUCUUAACAACUAGGUUUGAACCGAGUUAUGCGAUGAGUACGGCUUCUGACAACUGGUUGGCUUAUAUGGAUGAAUAUUUGACCCUGGGAGAUGGUCAUGAGAAAACCCUUACGAAAGCAAAAAUGCUGCGGUUGAUUGAUUUAUACUACGAUGCUUUGGAUGCUCCAAAAAAAUGUCGAACGGUCAAAAUCCCCAAUGAUUUGAAACCGCGGUCAUUCCCCCAUUACAUGGGUAAGCUCAACUCGUACAAAUCAACUUCCAUUUUGGGAUCAAUUUAUGACGCGGUGGAGGAAUAUCAACCGGAAGACACUUCUGACGAAGUAGUGGAAAAACUUCCUUGUUUCGAUGUUGAAGACCUCCCCGAGCAGUGUCUGAAGAAGUGGUACGAACUCUACGAGCAGUACAGGAGUGAAAUGACCUCCGUCUUGCAAUACGAUGAUAAAGAGGGCAAGAAUAAGGCUGCCGAUAAGCUCAUAAGACGGUAUAAAGAGAUUCUAUAUGGUUGUGAGGACUUAGAGAAGAGCACAAGGCCAUUGGAUGAAAUAUUCAACGAGGCACUCGCCAUAUAUCGUUUCGCGUAUGACUACGCUUGGAAAGUAAACGAUGUAAGGAAAUGUGGGUUUGCAUGGAGAGUUGCAGGUUCAGCUCUCUGUAAGUAUUACAAGACCAAACACGAGGACCGCACGUUUGAAGUCUCGUUCUCUGUUCUCAAGGACAUCCUCUAAUGAAAGUAAUACGGGGGCUCAAGAUCCUCGGCUGAAAUAUUCAUCCGAGGACCGAGGCACCCCCGCUCUGUAUCGUCUGUGUAUAACUUGUGAACGUGCUUGGAGGCAAGACGUGUGCAAGUAAAUGCUGUAUUAAUGCAAUGUUUCAUUAUUCAUGACUAUA